CUGUUCACUCAUGCAGCAACUGCCUGUGUCAGGACUUCAAAAAGCAGCGGACACCACCCAUUACGUCAAAAGUACAAUUCCUCAGAGAGGACGUUAACCGCGGAACACAGGACUACCCCGUGGCUUCACCAUUGUGUCUGGCGGGCUUCACUUGUCUGCAGUUCGCACCAGGAUGUUGGUAGGUGAGACGCACCUGUUCAGAACGCACGCUGAAACUCAACAUCAGAUCUGACUGAAGAAAAGUGUGCUGGGAAACAUUUUCGAUACCUGUAUGAUAUGCCAAAUCGCACAUCGCACAAUUACUCUAUACAGCUAUUUGUUGAUAAAAAGAAGACAUGGAUUUAGACCAGAACUGGGCUCCAAAGCCGGAUUACGCGUAAGAUCUCCCUUCCCUGAUCUACACAGGUGGGACGUGAAAUUUCGCACGAGUUUCAGACAUUGUUAUUAUGGGGAAUCAAGUGGAAAAACUUACUCAUUUGAAUUAUAAUGAAUUACCCACGGCUGACCCUAAUGGUUUCGACCCAGAGGACGAAGCUCCACGGAUCGGCGUGUCUUAUAUUUUCUCCACCGAUGACGACGAGCAAGAAGAGAACAUUGAUAAGACUGAAAAGGACCCAAACAUAGAUGACAACCAUUACGACUGCCGUAACGAAUUAGAAUGUGCGGUAUACUAUCGAGACGAGUGCGUUUACGAGAGGAGUAUCAGGCUCAUCGAAAUGGGAACGCUGUCGUGCGAGAACUUGCCACAUAAAUGCAAACCUGGCGACUUGGUUGAGUUCUUGGCUGCCGGUCAGUACCCCCACUGGGCAGUGUGUGUUGGGGACUUACAGGUGGUUCAUUUGUUUAGAAAUGAGAUUAAAUGCGACUUUCUUUACGACGCAAGUCAAGGUAAAAGAGGCAGGAUUGUGAACGACCUGUAUAAGUUUCGUUCGCUGAGUCCCGAUGUUGUGGUGCAGAAUGCCAUGGAGCAAGUCGGGAUGGAAGAUCGAGACAUUUGCUGGAAGAACUCCGAAUGCUUUGCUGCCUGGUGCAAAUUUGGCAAGCGCGAAUUCAAAACUGGAGGUGAAAUACGAAUCGGCAAGCAGCCAUAUAAGAUGAAACUACAACUGUCAGAAAAGAAAAGUCACGUUUUGGACUUUCAGAGUUUAGAGGAUUUGAUCUUGGAAAAAAGGAGAAAUGACCAAAUCGGAAGGGACGCUGUAAUCCAGGAACUGGAGAAUCAUUUAAAUUGCACAGAAGACACUGAAAAUGAAUACAAUCGUAACUGAUGGAUCAAAUGAGGGAGGACAAGCUCAAACUCGUGUGGACAAACAGCCUCUUCAUGGAGAAUAAGCUGUAUUUGUAAUCACCUCAAGCACAGUAGCAGUGUUGUAAUUUCCAGAGUUUCUCAAGAGAGUUUCCCUAAGUCUGCUUUUAUAAAUUGGAAAAAAUUUCUUUACUUGUUUGCAAAGAUAAUUCUUUUCAUAAUAAGAAUGUGAUCAUAUAGACAUAUUCCCCUUUCUCCGUUGUAUUCACGUGCAAGAGCCUUUUCAUGAUCACUCUCUAGUGACAUUUUUCACCACCCUUAUUUGUGUGGUGGAGUAUGUAUUCCUGUAUCUUAUUCAAAGGGUCAAUAAAGUCUGUGUAUUUUUACUUAAUUAUAGUUUUGUUCUUCAGCAUCUGCUUCAAGAUCACUUAUAAUAUAAUCAGUUUGACUGUGUUGUUGGACUUAAAGGAAAAGUUCACCCAAAAAUGAAAAUUCUCUCAUUUGUUCACCCUUGUGCCAUCCCAGAUGUGUACGACAUUCUUUCUUCUGCUGAACACAAACGAAUAGUUUUAGAAGAACAUUUCAGCUCUGUAGGUCCUCACAAUGCAAGUGAAUGGUUACCAAAAUUUUGAAGCUCAAAAAACACAUAAAGGCAGCAUAAAAGUAAUCCAUAGGACUCCAGUGGUUUAAUCCAUGUCUUCAAAAGUGGUAUAAUAGGUGUGUGUGAGAAACUUAUCAAUCUUUAAGUCCUUUUUUAUUAUAAAUUCUCCUCCCUGCCCAGUAGGUGGUGAUAUGCACGAAGAAUGUGAAUCGCCAAAAACAAAAGACGAAGAAUGUGAAAGUGGAGAUUGGUAGUAAAAAAAAGAAAAAAGGACAUAAAAAUGUAUCUGUUUAUCACCCACAUGGCAUGAGGGCGAGUAAAUGAUGAGAGAAUUUUCCUUUUUUGGUAAACAAUCCCUUUGAAGUUACUUGUUUCAUCAUAUAAUAGGUCUAAUUAAGAAUCCUGAAUUUCUGAAUUCAGAAAAAUGCGUUAUAUAAACACACAUACACACACUUUCUACUGACCGUGCUGUAUUCAGGCCUCUGUGUUAUUCAGUUUGCCAGUGCUGCUAAAAUAGACUUGUGCAGAGAAGAUAUUUUCAUUUUAAAUGUAUUUUAGGUGUCAAUCCGGAUUAACUCCUUUGGUUGGUUUGAUGGAAUAUUUAUUUAUUUGAUGUUUUUACAGCCUCUUAGUGGUGACAGAACUUUUUUAGCCUGAGCUGACUCCUGAUUCCAGCAUAUUUUAUUUCAUGACUUGCAUCCAAGCACUUAUUGAUGAAAAACACCCAAAAGGGAAAAAUAAACAUUCAGUUAUGAAUAUGAUUAAAACUGCUCAAGUUAUAACUGUUUAAAAUGUUUGGAGAUCACAGAUUUCUUCCACAAAUGUAUUACUUUUCCCAUCUGAAGGCAUAUUUUAUCUCUCCAAUGUACUUUUGUGGAUUUUAAUUUGAUUUUUAAGUGUUUUCUUUGGGGGGGUGCUUGAUGUCACACAGGACUGCCGUUUGUUUCCCACAAACAUGUUUAUACAUUCGUAAGUGUACAAGGUCAUAUUGUUCUCUACUCUGACUGCAUUUAUUUGCGUUACACUGUGACAGAUGUUAUAUGAUGAGUCAACUGUUUAGAAAUUGAGGGCUGAACGUUGUGACCAUUGCUGUGCGACAAAGACUUUUUGUUAGGUUGAAUAAUCAUUCUUAUACUCUCUUCUCUGACUUUUAUAUUCAUGAAGCCAGUAUUUGCCUUUUGUGUUGUUUUUGUAGUGUUUGAGUCCAGCUCCAAUAGGGAUUUAAUAUAAGGAGAAAAGAGACCAUAGCAAGUGAGAAAUGUGAUCUCUUAGUUGCUGAUGUGUUUUUUUGUUUCCCAGUACUAGACUUGAGAUUCCCCCUGUUUGUAGUAUCUGUGAGAUAUUGUUGCCUAGGGAAGGCUUUGUUUAGAAAAAAAGGAGAGGAUUUGUGCAGAUCUGCUGGAGACGUUGACUGUGUUCCCAUGAUAAGAUGUACAGAUGCUCAGAGAAGAUAACCACUGCUUUCUGAAGUAUUUCAAAGUAGGGAGGGCAGUCCGGUGGCAUCCCGGCCUGAAUCGGGCGGGUGGAGGAGUGUGACGACGAGGAGGGCAUGGCUGGGCCAUGAGGGGGCACAGCGCUGAAUCAUCUGAUCAGCAGGAGAGCAAGAUAAAGGGGAGCCAGAGACGCCAGUUCGAGAGAGAGAGAGAGAGACGCACGUGGCUGUGUUGUAUGUUUGUGUGU